AUGCAUCAAUUAUCUUCAGUCUUAUUACCACUUGUGGUUCUUACUACAAACUUGUUUCCAACAAUCAAAGGUUAUUAUGUUCCUGCAUCAGGUGAAGAUUGGACCAACUACAAGCCAAGUUGCGAUUUCUUACCUGGAAGUCUCAAGACAUUACCUUUUUCAUUUGGAAUAGUUGUGAAUCCCUAUAUUGUUGACGAGGACGGGGAUUUAAAGGAACCCAAGAUUAGUUCAAUUGCAAGAAGUUUAACUACAACAGUUGUAACUAGUUUUGUUACACCAGCACCAAAGCCAACAAAGACAAAGGAUAUCAUUUUACAAAUCCAAGAUGGACAAGUUCAAAAGGUAAAUGAGGAGUUGUAUGACGAGAAUUGUCCUGACGAUAAAGAAAAACUCAAAGGUGAGAAAAAGAAACCUAUUAAGAAUAAAGAUGAUAAUUUUAUUGACGAAGGGGGUUUGUUAAAGAGAGACAAUAUUGAAGAUGAAUCGUCAUUGGCAGAGUCAGAGAAACCAAACACCGAGACAGUUGACGAAGUUUACGAAAAGGAACGUAAAAGCGGUAAAAGCCGUAGUGGUAAACAUGGUAAAAAACAUCGCGGAGAUCGUGCUCAUAAUAAAAAGCAUCGUGAACAUAACAAGAAAUGGAAAGGAGACCAAUCAUCAGAUGAUGAAGACUCUGAAGAAGCAGGAAAGGAUGAAGAAAAAGAAGAUGAUGGAGAAACUUCCGAUGAAUUUGUAUCACCUGUUUACUCCGUUGCCUGCUAUACCAAUUCCACUUUAAGAAUGACUUUGAAAGAUUCAGUCUUGAGAGACUCUGACAGUAGAAUCGGAUGUAUUGUUUCUGGUCACCAGUUCCAAUUCGAUGGCCCUGUUCCACAACAUGGUGCCGUUUUCGCUGCAGGUUGGUCAGUCACAAAAGAUGGACAAUUAGCUUUAGGUAACUCUACCAAAUUCUAUCAAUGUGCUUCUGGUCAUUUCUACAAUUUAUAUGACCAACCAAUUGCUUUCCAAUGUCACCCAGUCACUUUGGAUGUGGUUGAAUUAAUUGAAUGCUAA